UACUCUUUCAAUUUGAUUAUGUUGAAAAAUGUUCAUGUUCAUGAUGAAAUUCAAAAAUUUUCAGAAUACUACGAUGAAUAUAUAAAUGAAAAAUUUAACGGAGAUAAUAUUGAAUAUUUUAAUGCUCAAGCAUAUAACAAUAAUACCAAAACCACCGAUCAAACUGAUGAGCUUCCUCUACUAGAAGAACUGGAAAUUUAUCCUGAAGUUAUCCUUAAACGAACAAUUGAAAUUUUGAAUCCCAAAAAUUUAUUACCCGAGCAAUCUAUUGAAUUCAUAAACGAAUCUGAUUUAGUAGGACCCAUUUUAUUUUGUCUGAUUCUGGCUACAGCAUUAUUUCUCUCGCAUAAAAAUCUACAUUUCAAUUUCGUUUAUAGCUUUUUAAUGAUCUCUUGUACGAUGACGUUCUUAUUAUUUAAUUUAAUGACACCGUCCAAUCGAUUUAUAAAUUUUAGAACUGUAGCCAGCGUUUUGGGAUAUUGCUUGAUACCGCUGGUAUGUCUUUCGAUCAUAAGCAUUUUUUACGAAUUAAAAAGUUUUUUUGGAUCAAUAUUGAUCAGCUUUUGCGUUAUUUGGUCCAGUUUGGCAGCUUCUCGCAUAUUUGUUCUCAUAAUUGGAGAUAAAAAUCAACAACCACUUAUUGCUUACCCUUGUUUUAUGGCGUAUAGUGUCAUUACUUUGUUAAUAUUAUUUUGAAUAAACAUUUUGUAAAUUAGUA